AAUGACUUCUAAAUAGACAGAUGGAUAAAACUUAACAUUUAAAACAAUUUUUGAAAUUUUAGUCAAAAAAUCCUGUAGGAAAAAGUCUGAACAACUCUUGACAUAUAUUCUGACACUACCCCAGUGCAGCCCAUAAAUACGUAUUUGCCCAUAAAAAGGAAAUUGCCAGCGAAACCUACUGAGCAUUCAUUCUUGGAAGCAAUACACUAUUACCUGAAAAAGAAAAUGAGAAAUAGAGUACACUGAACAUUCUGAUAGGUUGCAAUACACCCUUGAUUAUGAUUCAACUAAAAAAUUAUCCAACAAGUGUCUGAUAAAAAAAUAAAUGUACCUGGUAUUUUAAAGUCAACAUAACUAGAUGUUUUAAUGAUUUGUACAGUGUAAAAAUGAAAAACCUUCAAAAUAUCUGUAUAUAAUAAUUUCCGUGGAAACUUGUAAGAUUUCUUUAACAAUUCAUCAUUAUUUUAAUCAAUCAAUUUGUACCCUGUCCAUUUUUCAUAAAGGCAGAAUAUAUUAAAGCUAUCAUAUAUUUAUCUUUUUCAAAAAUUCUGCAAAACAGCAGAGGUAGUAUUUGAUUCAAGACCAUUCAUUGAGUUUUCUGGUUCAAAUUUUAAAGAAAGCAUCCGUAGUCUAAUAAUUUAUCCUAACACUAGUCUGUGCAAAUACAACAAAAGAAAUGGUAUAAAUGAAUAGCAGAUUGGGUUCUCUUUCCAUAUCCUACCUAACCUGAAAACCGAAUUAGCAUAUUUUUAAUUUAAAUCAGAUAAAAAAACGUGUCAAUUAUAAUAAAGAGGGAGCUGAGUUAUAUGAAAAAAAAAUAAUAAUUAUACAUUUGGAUAUGCCACUGCAUAUUCUUUAGAGGAAAGAGAAGUGUUCUUACAGAUAACCUUAAAGAUGAACCGUUCCUAUUCGCUUUAAAAGGGAAAAAAGAGCGUCUUUGUUUUAGCGGGAGGUGAAGAGAAUGGACAGGAGACGGACGGUCACUGAGCGGUAUAGAAACGGCAUCCGAUGGACAAAGAAACUGCGGCAUCAGCUUCGCUAGCGCCAAAAUCUUUUCCUCCACUCAGCAAUUAAAAGUACAGGCGCUUGACUCUCUUUGCAGUCCGUCCCCCUUCGGGAAAUGGCGAAUUUAGCUUCAGCCUCCGGAGAAGUAAAGAAAUAAUUCAACCCAGCUAAGCUGGCGAACACUCCGCCUUAGCUAUUCUAGGCACCCGGCCACGCCCCUCACGUAGAACGCGUGGCAACAGCCGGCCUCCCGAGCCACUUCCAGAGAACUACAUUCCCCACAACGCUUGGCGCCAAGAGAGAAAAGAGAGCCGCGCGGCCCGCGGGCUAUGUGGUCCGCAUGGUCAGGCCUUUGGGGUAGCCAUCUCUCUCUCUCUCUCUUUCCAGGGUCGUAGCGACCCAAUGAGAAACCAAAUACGGAACGGGUCAUUUCCCCAGGGCGCUCACAACCGCCAGUUGCGGGGGGCGGGCUCUCGGUUGCCUUCCGCUUCCGGUGGCGGCAUGUUGUUGCCUAGGCAACGUUGUUUGUAGGCAGCCGGAGGCUUAUUCGAAAUGGCCACCGACAUGGCCUCUAUCGCCGACGGGGAGUUCACGGCGGCUAUUUACGGGCUGAUCCGGGCCGGCCGUUUUGCAGAGGCAGUGGGUAUCUUGAGUAGCGAGUUGCAAAAGAGCUGCCGCUCGCGGGCCGGCCUCUCGCUCCUCGGCUACUGCUACUACCAGCUGCAGGAUUUCGCGGCGGCGGCUGAGUGCUACGAGCAGCUGGGGCUCCUGCACCCCGAGCUCCACGAGUACCGGCUGUACCACGCGCAGGCGCUCUACAAGGCCGGGCUCUACGGCGAGGCCCUGCGCGCCACCGCCCCGCUGCUCGACGUCGCGGCCUUCCAGAGCCGAGCGCUUCGCCUGCAGGCGGCGGCCCACUACGCCCAGGGCGACCUCUCCAGCGCCAAGGCCCGGGUGGAGCUGCAGCUGGCGGCCGCCGCCGAAAGCAGCCCCGGCGCCCCCUCCGAGGACCCCUCCGAGCUGCCUGACGCGGAGGUGAACAUGGGCUGCCUCCUGUACCGCGAAGGGCAGCACGAGGAAGCCUGCAGCAAGUUCGCCUCUGCCAUGCAAGUGCUGGGCUACUGCCCAGAGCUGUCCUACAACAUGGCCCUGUGCUGCUAUGCUGCUAAGCAGUACGCUCCUGCUCUGAAGCAUAUUGCAGACAUCAUUGAGCGUGGCAUGCAGCAGCACCCGGAGCUGAGUGUGGGGACCAAUACGGAAGGCCUCGAUGUCCGCAGUGUGGGCAAUACGUUGCUCUUGCAUCGGACAGCCCUGGUGGAGGCUUUCAAUCUCAAAGCUGCCAUUGAAUACCAGCUGUGCAACCUUCAGGCAGCUCAGGAGGCCCUUACAGAUAUGCCCCCUCGGUCUGAGGAGGAGCUGGACCCGGUCACUUUGCACAACCAGGCUCUCAUGAACAUGGACAGGAGAGCCACAGAAGGCUUUGAGAAACUUCAGUUCCUUCUGCAGCAGAACCCUUGCCCACCAGAGACAUUUGGGAAUUUGCUGCUUCUGUACUGCAAGUAUCAAUACUAUGACUUGGCUGCAGAUGUGCUGGCUGAGAAUGCUCACUUGACCUACAAACUUCUCACUCCUUACUUGUACAACUACUUGGAUGCUAUGAUCACCUGCCAAACAGCCCCUGAUGAGGCAUUUCAUAAGCUUGAUGAACUGGCAGGGGCCCUAACAGAGCAGCUCAGAAAACUGACAAAGGAGGUGCAGGAGUCUAGGAAAAAUCGAGAUGAUGAGGCUCUAAGGAAAGCUGUGAAUGAUUACGAUGAAACGCUGGAGAAAUAUGUUCCUGUUUUUAUGGCCCAGGCCAAAAUUUAUUGGGACAUGGAGAACUAUUCCAUGCUGGAAAAAAUGUUCCAUAAGUCAGUAGACUUCUGUAAGGAUCAUGAAGUGUGGAAACUUAAUGUGGCUCAUGUACUAUUCAUGCAAGAGAACAAAUACAAAGAGGCAAUUGGUUUUUAUGAGCCCAUUGUAAAAAAACACUAUGACAACAUCCUUCAAGUUAGUGCCAUUGUCUUGGCUAACCUAUGUGUUUCUUAUAUUAUGACUAGUCAAAAUGAAGAAGCAGAGGAGCUGAUGAGAAAGAUCGAAAAAGAAGAGGAACAGCUUUCUUACCAUGAACCUGAAAAAAAGAUUUACCAUCUCUGUAUUGUCAAUCUAGUUAUUGGGACUCUGUACUGUGCCAAAGGAAAUUUUGACUUUGGCAUUUCUAGAGUAAUUAAGAGCUUAGAACCAUAUAACAAAAAGCUGGGCACAGAUACUUGGUAUUAUGCCAAAAGAUGUUUCUUGUCAUUGCUAGAAAAUAUGUGUAAGCAUGUGAUCAUGGUGCGUGACAGUGUCAUCCAAGAAUGCAUCCAGUUUCUUGAGCACUGUGAAGUUUAUGGCCGAAAUAUCCCUGCAGUAAUAGAACAACCACUUGAGGAAGAGAAGAUGCACAGUGGGAAGAACACAGUUACCUAUGAAGCCAGGCAGCUGAGAGCACUGAUGUAUGAAGUGAUUGGGUGGAAUAAGUAACUGCCAUAGCAUAUAUAUUCAAAAUGGCCCAAGUCAAAAGAUCAGUGAAAAGUGAUGAUGUAGUAGCGUUGUGUUGUAAAAGUUUCACAGGAAUUUGAAUUCACUUGGAAUUAUAGGGCAGCCUUUCCCACCCUUUCAAAACUUAUUUUUAUUAAAAGAGCUUCCUCAUCAAAUGUAUAAUACAUUUAACAAAAGAACUGCUUUAUAAAUUUGGAGUGUUGUGCUGUCCAAUUAAUAAGCAGCACUAUAGAAUGAUUGUAUUAUGAGGGGUGGAGGACGACUUAUAUGCUAUAUUUUCCCAGAAGUUAGUUGAUUACAAUAUUUCAUAUAAGCCAGGCUUAUAAGCAGCCUUUUGAAAAUAACAAAAAUACCUUUCAAAUAAGUAUUCUUUGGAAGUUGAAACUCAACGUAAGUCAACUGCUAAAUUUAGUAAGGGCAGAAAAUUAUCUUUGAAUGAUGUCAAGCUUUUGAACAUUUUAAUCUUUAAUGUAUGUAUAUUAAUGCUUUCAUGGUAAUGGGAGCUUUGAAUAAGUGGGCAUUCAAGUCCUAGUUUAAAGCAAUAAAAAGUUUUUUUUUUAAAAAGUAACAUUUAAAGUUUACCAAUACAAACAUGGAACAUAUAUUUUUCCACAAUGCUCUCUGUAAUGUUCAAUGAAAGCUGAUCAUGUGUGCAGGGCAAAUAAAAACUGAUGCAGGAAGUACUAAGUAACUGCAUUUAUUUACAAAUAAUUUUCCUUCCAAAUUUACUGACACCAUAUUUGCUGCUAGAUAUAUCAGAUAGGCUAGCAGGGCUCAUUUGAAGGCAAUGUACUAGUAGUUAGUUGCUCUUCCUUUCUUUAAGAGAUAGAAAUAUUUACUACUUAUUCCAGUUAUGAAGUUUACCAUAGCCCUAGAGACCAUGUCAAGCCUACAUAAUUUCUCAUAGGGUUUAGCCUGUGUCUUCUAUCUUUUAAGAUUACAGGUAUGAUUAAAGUCCAACGCUAUAAUGUCAGUAAAAAUCUCUCCUUUUCCUUCCUUUCCCAGAUGAAAAGUUCUAAACAACUCAAAAAACUAUGCACCAUUUUGCCAGACUAAAUAAAAAUUAUUAGUACUGUG